UGAGUCCCACGGCAGCCAACACCCCAAGGAUCACCCGUUCUAACAGCAUUCCUACUCAUGACUCCACCUUCGAGCUCUACAACGCCUCCCCCAUGGGCAGCACCCUCUCCUUGGCAGACCGACCCAAGGGCAUGAUCCGCUCGGGCUCCUUCCGUGACCCUGUGGAUGAUGUUCAUGGAUCUGUGCUGUCCCUGGCUUCCAGCGCUUCGUCAACUUAUUCUUCAGCUGAGGAGAGGAUGCAGUCAGAGCAAAUCCGCAAACUGCGCCGUGAAUUGGAGUCAUCCCAAGAGAAAGUAGCCACACUGACAACCCAGCUCUCAGCCAAUGCUAACUUAGUAGCAGCAUUCGAACAAAGUCUGGUAAACAUGACAUCCCGUCUGCGGAAUUUAGCAGAGACUGCAGAAGAAAAGGACACUGAGUUGUUGGAUUUACGGGAAACUAUUGAUUUCUUGAAGAAGAAGAAUUCAGAAGCCCAGGCUGUUAUCCAAGGGGCUUUGAAUGGAACUGAUAUUACACCCAAAGAACUACGAAUCAAGAGGCAAAACUCAUCAGAUAGUAUAUCCAGCCUGAAUAGCAUCACCAGCCAUUCUAGCAUUGGUAGUAGCAAAGAUGCAGAUGCCAAGAAGAAGAAGAAGAAAAGCUGGGUAUAUGAGUUAAGGAGUUCUUUCAACAAAGCUUUCAGCAUCAAAAAGGGUCCAAAAUCCGCCUCCUCCUAUUCUGAUAUAGAGGAAAUCGCCACCCCUGAUUCUUCAGCACCAUCAUCACCAAAACUGCAGCACGGAUCCAUGGAAACAGCCUCUCCUUCCAUCAUAUCUUCCAACUCCUCUUCUGUAGGCAUGGAUACCACUGAACUUUUCCAGACCAAUGAAGAAGAACCCGAGAAAAAGGAGGUUUCCGAAUUACGCUCAGAACUAUGGGAAAAAGAAAUGAAACUGACUGACAUUCGGUUGGAAGCCCUAAACUCUGCCCAUCAGCUGGAUCAGCUGCGUGAAACCAUGCAUAAUAUGCAGCUGGAGGUAGAUCUAUUGAAAGCUGAAAAUGACCGGCUAAAGGUAGCACCUGGGCCAUCAUCUAUCCCCAGCCAUCUUUUGAGCUCAUCUGUUGCAUCUUCCCCAAGGCGUUCCCUAGGAUUACAGCUGAGUCACUCUUUCAGUCCCAAUUUAACUGAUACAGGUAAGCAAAGAAAAGCGGAAAAUAGGAUCAACAAGGAUGAAGCUGUCUGUCAGGUUUUCAAGGAUUAUGUCACCAAGAUGGAUCCUGCUCUGACUCUGGGACUCAGCACUGAGUCUGUCUAUGGCUACAGCAUCAACCAUGUUAAAAGAAUCUUGGAUAUGGAACCGCCAGAACUACCUCCUUCCCGCCGGGGUGUGACCAGCAUUGCUGUGACUUUGAAAGGUUUGAAAGAAAAAUGUGUGGACAGCCUGGUUUUUGAGACUCUUAUCCCCAAACCAAUGAUGCAGCACUACAUAAGCCUUCUACUCAAGCACCGGCGCCUUAUUCUCUCUGGACCAAGUGGAACUGGCAAGACCUAUCUGACCAAUCGCCUGGCUGAAUACCUGGUGGAACGUUCUGGCCGCGAGGUUACUGAAGGCAUCGUUAAUACUUUCAACAUGCACCAGCAAUCAUGCAAGGACUUACAACUUUACCUCUCCAAUCUAGCCAAUCAGAUUGAUCGGGAAACAGGGAUUGAUGUUCCAUUGGUUAUUCUCUUAGAUGAUCUCAGUGAGCCUGGCUCCAUCAGUGAGCUUGUCAAUGGAGCACUUACCUGCAAAUAUCACAAAUGCCCUUACAUAAUUGGAACAACUAACCAGCAUGUUAAAAUGACUCCAAACCAUGGCCUCCAUCUCAGUUUCAGGAUGCUGACUUUCUCCAAUAACGUGGAGCCAGCUAAUGGCUUCCUGGUGCGCUAUUUACGUCGGAAGUUGCUUGAGUCUGACAGUGAUGUCAAUGCCAACCGGGAUGAACUGCUACGUGUGUUGGACUGGGUGCCAAAGCUCUGGUAUCACCUCCAUACCUUCUUAGAGAAGCAUAGCACUUCUGACUUUCUCAUUGGUCCUUGUUUCUUCCUGUCAUGCCCAAUUGGUAUUGAAGAUUUCCGUACCUGGUUCAUUGAUCUCUGGAACAAUUCAAUUAUUCCCUAUCUCCAGGAAGGAGCAAAGGAUGGGAUCAAGGUGCAUGGGCAGAAAGCUGCUUGGGAGGACCCUGUGGAGUGGGUGAGAGAUACGUUGCCUUGGCCAUCAGCCCAGCAAGACCAAUCAAAAUUAUACCAUCUUCCCCCACCCAGUGUGGGGCCCCACAGCAUAGUGUCUCCUCCAGAGGAACGGAGUGGCAAGGAUUCUACACCCAAUUCUCUGGAAUCAGAUCCCUUGAUGGCAAUGUUGCUGAAACUUCAGGAAGCAGCCAACUACAUUGAGUCUCCUGACCGAGAAACCUUGGACCCCAAUGUGCAGUCUGCACUCUAAAAAUAACUGGAUUGUGAUAGAAUGGAGACGAAUGAGCCAAUCUUGGUUGUCUUCGCUCCUAGGUCUUCUUUCUUUUUUCUCUGGAACCUGCAGUCUGGAAUGAACACCACAGAGUGGCAAGCAGGUGCCCAUCACUUCCCUUGGGAUCUGUGCAGGUGAACAGUGAAACAGGAGACAGUUGGGCCUCCUUUGCAAGACACUGUUCUCCCUCCACCUCCAAUAACUCUGGUGGUAAGAGAAUGGUGGGUUUUAUUCUUGGGCUUUCUGCCUCUGUCAUAAACUCCUGGUUUUACAGUAUGAUUGGGGAGCAUCAAGAAAUCCCUCACAUCCAGUGUUCCCAACAAAAAUGUUCUUGUAUAAGGCAAGAAACUGGAGAUAGCCACACAGAGCUGGCUGCUGUAUUUCUGCAGGGCAGUGCUAACAGGCAGGGCAAUAGCCAAGUUUGUGGAACCCUAAAAUGCGGAUCUUUUUAUAAAAUAAUAAAGAAAAGAAAACCCCAGAAAGCAUGAGAGUUGGAAGCGUCAUUGCUGCUCUUGGAGUCAAUUCCUGCAGUUGCUGCCCUUCGACUUUCCUGCCACAACCAACAUAGGCAAAGACCUAGUAAGACUGUUAACUCUCGUCUUUGUACCCUCCUUAUUUAAUCUGCAUGAAAGUCUUUUUUUACUUUCAAACUCCCAAUAAACUUUUUUCUCCUCCACUUUAUUUUAUUUGGUUAAUCUGGGCCAUUCCAUUUGCUCUUUGGUUCUAGGAGUUACAUUCUAUUUAGUCAUCUGCCUUUGGUUCCACAGGAAGGAGCCUCCUGAGUUCAUAAGGGUUUUUUUCCAGUUUCAGUUUACCUUUUUCUUGUUUUACUUUUCUGUGAAUUUCAUUCCCACAGUCCCUCCAACUGAAAUUGGUGCUGACUGGAUGACUUCCAGUAACUUAAAUCCACUUCCUGGAUCCUUGCAGCUUGCAUCAGAUGCACAGAGAAUUGAAUCAGCAGCACAACCUAUGCACAAUUUGCAUGUGGGCUCCCCUUCUUGUGCCAUUCCAUAUCAUUUCUUUCUGAAAAGCACAAGAGGUCAGAAAACUGUGAUCAAAGGGAGAAUGGAUCGUUGUAGUGCAUCAUUUAAUGGACAGCAACAUCGUCAUUUCCCCCCAGUUUUGUACUGCUUAUCAAUGUGCUUGCAAAUCUCUUUUCUUCCAUUCAUUUUCUCUCACUUUAUUUUGGGGACACAGGGUAAUAGAUCCUUUUUGUAGGAGCUUUCUUGAGUCUGUUGCCAUUCAGAUGUGCUGGAACUCAACUCCACUAAUCUCCAACCAGCACAGUCCUGCUGGCUGAGGAUUACAAAACUUGGGGGAAAAAUACAUCUGGAAAGUUAACAGUUUAACCAAGGCUGAAUAUAAACAUUUAAGCAUUUAGCCUUGGAUGUCAUUUAUAUGAUUUGCCAAACAAAUAGCCACCAAUACACAAGUAUUCCCCUAACUAGAUGACUUUGAUUGAAAUUCCAAUCAAUCUGGACCAUUGAUCUCUAUCAAGCAUUAGGUUUGGGGCAACUGAAGAGCACUCCCAUAUGAAGUGACCCCCCCCCAACCAGGAUUAUAAUAUACUUAAAGAACUAUUUAGACUAGCUAAAUAAAUCAUAUGAUUACAGAAUUUGUCUCAAGAAAAUGUCAGUAUAGUUUCUAUUGAUGUGUGUUUUACAUUCAAAAUUGAAAUUAUAGAUGUCAGACCAGCCCUCGACUUCUAAUGUUCUGUAAAUGUCCUACUGAUAUUUUUGGAGGCACGCUUGCCAACUUCUAGUAAAAAAAAAAGAUUAUAGAAGGAGUCAGUGCACAGCCAUAAGUUUUUGUAACGUUUAGCUUUGAUGAAAUAAAAGAUACAAGUCUGAAUUUUAGCUUCUGUGGUAGGAUGACAUAAUGAUUAGGUUCUCCAUAAUGCACAUCUCUGCUUUUUCAGUAGUGCCAUGCAGACAUAUGAAGAGAUACCUUACUGAAAGCUUGAGUAAAGCAUCCUUCCAAUGCAAAACCACAGAAUAACACAAAUCCCCAUCUCUGAACAGCAUUAUGGCUGUUUUACUGUACUGGGUAGAUCUUCUCUGCAUGCCAAACUCUUUGACAUCAGAGCAAGAUGAUUUCCUGAGGCAAUUCAGCCUCACUUUGAUCUCAUGGCAGAGUGCCUCAUUGAUGACAUGGAUCCCAAACAAUCCACAGCAGACUGUUUCUUUUAAAAAAUCUAAGCACUACAUCUGUUUAGUUCUUAUUCCAGCAGAGCCUGUGAGAGGAGACAACUAAAAAGUGUCACAUUUCUUAAAAUGUAACCCCAGUUUUUACACAUUUUUCCUUCUUCCAUGGGCUAAUAUUUUAAUAAUAGAACAUACUAACCCAGAGGCAUCUGCAGCAGUGUUUCUGUCAAAGUGACUAAAUGGGCAUUGUGUCAUUGUGAUUGUAUCUCUUUUGUUCGUGCAUGAGGCCUUGAAACAUAUUUACAAAACAGACACGAUGGUGUGAUGCUUGUUUAGUCAUCUCCUCCCCCUCCCCACUGCCGACGCCCCUGGGUUUAUCGUUCAUCCUCUCAUGGCUCCUAUCGCUGAUUCUUGGUUUCCCUUGUGGUGGAACCUAUUGGGUUUAUAUUGGCAAAUCAUUCACAAGGCCUGUAGAUAGAUACAUUGUGCCAAAUACCUUUGGUCUUACAUAGUUCUGAGCAUUCAGGUGAUAUUGCCCAGAUUUUCAGUAUUUUCUCUUUUUUAAAAAUGUGAUUUUAGGAAGUGAGUAAAAAUAUUUUCCAGCUUCAUAUGCUACAUUUUGCACUUACCUAGUCCCUCUAUAGAAUGUAUAUAGUGUCUUUUUUGUCCAUGACUUUGCCAUAAAGGAACCUUGUGAAAUCAGUGCUGGCUUAUUUUCUUCUUUUGUAAGUGUAAUAUAACAAUUCAGGUUACACUUAAAAAGUUGCAGUGGAGAAUUCAUUUUUAUUUAUUGAACCAAAUAGCCAUCCAAACCAUUUUAUAGAUAGAUAAUUCAUUCUUCACCUUAUCCCAUUCUUCUGUGGCCAUUGAGAUGCCUUGUUUUCACUGGGCUACUUUAGAACAUGGGUUGUUCCUCUAGUUCCCUCCCCCCACAUUUCAUUUUGAACAAUUUGUCCCUUCUUGGGCAUGGUUAGGGGCCCAAUUUGGAGGAAAAAAAAUACUUUAUAGGAUGUAAGUACAGGUAGUGAUCGUUGUACACGCUCCAGGUUGGUCACAUGCCAAUAAGAAGGAAGAAGACGACAACCUGCCUAUGUAUGCAUAGCCCACCUCCAUUUCUGAAACUGCUUUAACUUUUCCUUAACUUGGCAAACAUGUAAGAUAGAAAGAUUUGCAUUUUUGAACUAAUGAAUGCUUGCCAAGAAUACUGACCAUCUGGGUAAAAUUAGUAUCAUAAUUUUGAUAAUGCAAGGAUAGAAUUUUGCACUGCUUUCCCUGAGCCAAGGGUAUGAAAUGAAAUGAUUGAUAUAAUGUGUAAGAAGUACAAAAUUAAUGUUUUCUUGGCUUCCUGUGCUUUUGUAGAGCCUUUUCAUUCACAAUUUUCUCUAUUUUAUUAUCAAUGAAAUAUUUUUUUUUAACCCUCCAUCUAUUGAACCAAGGUUUUACCUGUAAACAACAUCGGAUACAAAGCAAUCUUGAUCAACAAAGUUAGAUAAUAGUGCAGACUUUCCACCCUUGUCUCCAAGAUUCUUUACAAAUUGCCUGACUUGAGAGUUAUAAUUCAUCACAUCUGCAUGGCACUAGUGGAAGAAGGCUGUAAUAAGAAGUUACAAUGAUUUUCAGGAGACAAUAGUUAUUCCUCUCACAAAUAUGAUAUUGUCUCAGGGGUUUUUUAAGGUCUCCAUGCCUCCUAUUUCCUUCAAGCAGAAUGUAUUUUGUAAGAUGAAACUGCCUAGAACUAUCAACCUUUAUGGCAGCAGUGACAGAUGAAUCCCUCUUUGUGACAGUCUGUUCGCAGUAUGAAUCUAUCACUCUCUUUACCUGAAUAAAGUGGGAUGGGAUAGGUUAGAAACCAAGGAAGUUAUCAAUUAUGAACCAGAACCUAUCCCUAUGCAGAAGGAGAGUAAAGGGGACUGCUUAGCCACUAGGGAGUGGUAUACUAUAAUGUCAGAAGGGCUGAUAGUUCAGAUUAAUCAGUCUUCUUUAUGUGGAAAAGCUCUUGUGCUUUCAUAUGAAGUUGUGCUGCUUUGAAAUUGUGAUUAUCUGAGCAAAAAUGCAACUUCACUGGGCUGUGAAGUUGCUCAUGUCCCUGAAACUCUGCCUUAAUAUUACCAUUUCAAGGGAGGAGAAUCUAGCCAUGGAUUAACAGAUUUUACUCUUUUCUGACUAUUAAAAGAAGGCUGGGGUAAUGUUUUAAACACAGGCUAGACCAAAUAGUGGAAUAGUUUAUAGAUCAGCACAAAGAGCCCAAGAAGGAAGGAAGGGUAACAUCCAAUGCCUAUUGAUUAUGUUCCUUGGAACUGCUUAGAUGAUUGACUGACUAAUUAAUCUAGCAGCUGCCUUUCCUUCUGAAACACCAAACCUAAUGACCAAAAUCACACCCCUAUCCCUGCAUGCUUACUCAACUACCUUAUAUUGGAUAAUAUAAGUCCUAGCCAAGAACUAGUUCUUCUUCUCAAAGCAAAGCUUUCUGUUAAUAAAUGGAAUUCCUCUGUUGCUUACUCACUCCUUUUGCUGGAAUAAGCAAUGCCACCCAAAGGAAUUUUACUUCAUCUCACUGAAUUUACUUGUCUGCCAAGAGCAAUGUUUACAAACUGAACAGCCUUACCUAACUUCGUGUCCUUGAGAUAUUUGGACCAUAACUUUGGGACAUCAUAUGUCAAUGAUUUGCCAAUGAAAGUUGUGUUCUAGCAUAUGUAGAGUAUAUCUGACUGGGGAAAGAAGGCAAUAAAGAAAUGCAAGCAAAUUAAAUGUUGACACUUUUGAAGCUAAAGUAAAGAGUAUUACUUUAGACCUUUAAGACAAGACAGUAAAAGAUAAACAUCUUAUUCAACUCAGAGCUGGCCCGAAAUAGCAUAACUAAAAGGUUUGACCUUGCUUUCAAAGGAUUAGGAGACAUUUGUCUGGGUGGUUUUUCAACAGAGCUGGUCCUCUAAAAUAGUAACCAAAACGAAAAAGGAGAAAGGAAACUAAAGUUCUAGAUUAAGGACUCAGAUCCAGCAGGUUCUCUCCAUUGUCUUGGCUGUCCAUCCAGAUGAUCAGCCUGAGAUGAAUUUGGUGGCUAAGAGCAAUUUAUAGGAAAUGUUUUCAAACAUGAAUGGAAAACAGUCCCUCUCCCCAUGUCAUUUCCAUUUUGGAUGGUAGAUACAUCUCUUCAUUAAUAUUUUAUAAUAUAAAUAUUAUACAAUUCAUAUAAUAUUUAUAUAUUUUUUCUGUAUUUCCAACAUUUCCUUCAGAUUCCAGUUUUGCUGAAUACAAUUAAAUACCCGCAUGCCAGUACUGCAAGUCUUUAAAUGAAUUUAAAGAUAUGAGGCACAUGACAAAUAAGAAAAAAAAACAUUUGUACAUGUGGAUCUUCAUUUAAUCAAUUGGUAAAAUGCAAAUCAAGAUACAGUGAUACUGAUUCAAAAUAAUUGCUGAUUCAAAUAUUCAAUUUAAUUUUUUUAAACAAACAAGGCUCUCUAACCAAUUACAGUUCCAAGCUAGCUAUCCAUUGUGAAAAUGCUAGUGCUUCCUAACUGACUGAUUGCAGAUGAAACUACAGAAUUUCUCACCACCCAACUAUCAGUAACGACAGUAAACUAUUUCCUGAAGUAGAACUUUAGGUGAUGGUAAUUGCCAGUCAUGUCAGCUAAAUAAUUCAUAAUAAUGCUAUCUAAAAACUGUAUUAAGGAAUCCGAAAAAUCAAAGAGGCCAUUUGGUUGUUAGAAAAGUGUGGUGUAAUGUAUUUCCCCUUAAUUUCCAUUGGUAGCCAACUGCAUAGCAACUCUAUUAUUCAAAUACUUCUGUAAUCAUUGUUUUUAAUGGGUGGGUCACCUAACAUCAUAGUUGGAGUUUAUGACUGAUUAUUUCAUGCAAAUCCAAGGUGCUCAUUUAUCUUUGUAUAACUAUACAUAUGUACAUAUUUUGUUUUAUGUAACAGAUGCUUUGGAGACAUUAAUUUGCUUUGGAACCCAAUGGAUGACAUAGUAGAUUUAGGCUAUGACAAAAGGUGCACCCAGACUGGUUUAAAGAAAACUGUUGCAUAGAAAAUGAAAAUCUAACUAGACUGAAUCUUUAAUGUCCUGAUUUAAUCUUCUGCAACAGCAUAGGUGCUAUAUAUGUAACAUUUUUUGCCAAUGAUUUUAAACUGCACUGUCCUUCUGUGCAGCUAAUGUGAAUGUGAAUAUUCUAUCUCAGAGAAGCCUCCUCACUCAAAAUCCAUAUAACUUGCUGGUGACAGGGUCAAGAUAUUAUGUGUUUGCACAUUUUGUCUUCCUUCAUUUUCCUUUCCAGCCAAAUUUAUGCAAAUGUUGAUUUGUCGAUUUUUAUGUAUGUUGUUGAUUUUUAUUGGGAAAGACGUAAUUACAACUUUCCAAAACCUCCAAACUUGGACACCUUUUUCAUGAGAGUGCCUGUAAAAUGUAAGACCUGAGGUCCUCCACUCCACUAGGGGGAUAAUAUUUUUAUUCCUCUUAAGGACUGUCCAGUGUUUAAUUGGCUUUAGGAGCUGAAAAUAAAAAAACAAGCCUCCAAGAAUUCUUAGCUAAUGUACAAGAGAAGCAAAACAUCUUACACUGUCAUCAGUUCAGUCAUUUAAUAGGCAAUGCAAGUUUUUCUAGUGCUUCUGUAUUAGUGUAGCAUUCUCCAGAACCUCCAAAUUCCUACAAAGGCUAUGCAGUUUUUCUCCAAUCUGAUUAGUUGGAAAUGGAAGUGUUAGGCAGGUGGAUCUUUCUAGACCUCAUAUUUGUUCAAGUUUCUAUUUCAGACCUCUUUCUUCUUUAGCACUUGGGUGAUGUCAGUAGUAGCAGAGAAUCUCAGCAGUCCCACUAGUAGGGUCAUUUAGAAUCCUAGUGGUGGUUCUUGUCAGUUAUAUUUAGAGCUACUUUAAAGCUUGAAGUCCUAUUUAAUCCCUUUCCCCAAAAAGCAAUAACUUGAAAGAAUGUCACUGACUUUUUUUUUAAAAAAAGGACAACUACCCAUGAUGCAAAUGCUGACUUGUAUCACUAGAAUUAUAAUAGGAACUGCCUCUUUCAAUUUGUGAGUUCUCUUGUACUAAAUCCACUUUUAACUGAAGCAGUACUGCAAAAUAAAUGUACAGUCACUGUCUUAAAAGUAAAGAUGUAGGGGACUAAACCCAAAUUCAUAAAUCACUAAUACAAAAAUACUUCUAACAAUCUGCUUCUCCAGGUAACCACUUGGAGGCUCUUCCUUGCAUCCUGAUCUUAUGCUUACUCAGAUGCAAGUUAAACAAGACUUACAUUUUCAAGUAAAUAUGCUUAAGAUGCUUUAAGUGAUCGAUGUAAAAUGUAUUACCGUAAAUCAGCCAGAUGGACAUAUUUUCUAGUCUUCUGUCCUCUUUCCCUUUAGGAUAUGUUCUGUUUCACAUUUGGUGCUUUCUCCUUCUCCCAAUUUGUGCCCAUGUUCCUUUUUCUCUUCUGUUUGAAAGCGUACUUGCUGAGCACCAUUUACCAAUCUCAAGCAUCUGUUGCAUUGGGGCUAUUUUGCACAGUGAUUUACAAAAUAUCAAACCUUGUGCUUGGUUUGACAUAAAGGUUCCUCAUUUGCCUUUUUCCCCCCUUUGUUUCAUUUUUGUAGAAUAAAAAUCUGUUGUAAAUAACCUGUAAUUGAAUGGCCUGAAUGAGUCUGAGGAACCAGUCUUGGGAGCUGAGUCUUGUAUCUGUGAUACACCAUACUGAGUUUUUUAUUUGUUUGGCUUUUUAAAAAAUAAUAAUAUGUGAGUAACUGUGAUUCGCUGACUCAUUUCUGAUUGUACAAUAUACACCUCCCAGCAACUGCUGUGGUCAGCGGAAGAAAUUUGUGGAGCAAAAUUUUAAAAUGCCUUCUUCCACAGGAACCUGGCCUUUCAUAUUUCUUGUGCUGCUUUCUCUGCAUUAGCUCACUCUUUUCAUUAAGUUGGCAGAGUCUCCUGGAAUAAAGUUAAUGAAAACUAGAUGAAAAAACUUAUCAGUUUCUUCCCAGCUAAUCUCUCUGGUCUAGUGCUAAUGGGAUCCCAUGUUAAAGAAUAACUUGAUUGAGUCCCAGAUUAAAUGGGAUGAAGUGGAAAACUUGAUCUUUGCAUCAGAACUGAUGCAUUACCUUGAUUCAGGUAACAGAUUCCAGUCUUCUGGGAGAGCACAGAGGAAGACUGGAAUCUCUUACUGAAUCAGAAUAAUUCACAAUCAAAUAAAGAUGCCCGUAGUCUUAUUAGUCAAGAAUUUUCAAUUUCCCUAUAUUCUGUUUCAUAUGUUUGGUGAAUUAUUCAGUGGAAUACUUUGCAGCAGUGCCAUUCUGUUUAUAAGAAUAGUGUGUUAUAGUAUGCUAUUCAGGUAACAACAAGAGAAUUAAUGCCUCUCUUAGAGAGUUAUUGAUUUGUAUGUUGGACUUAUAUAAAUAGUUGAAACAGCUUAUUCAUUAGUGUUGAGUUUCAUCUUCCCUUUAAUAAAGAAAAAUAAAUCACAGGGCAGUUAAGGCCAGAGUCUGUUCCUUCCAAGUAUUUACACCCUUCAGUUCUGCUAAUGAACAUGAUGCUUAUGGACUACUGACGGGUCCACUGAGACCCUUUUCUAUGUACUUAUGCUUUUUAAGUUAUGGCUAAGGAUGUGAUUCUGAGGAUAAUUUAAUUUACAUAGCUGUUUAAUAGUAUUGAUAGUAUCAUAGUGCAGAUCAUAUCAAGUAAUAGUGGACAAUACUGGUACAUUGAGUACAUGUACUGAUACAUUCAGAAGAGAGAAACCUCAAAGGGAAGUAAAGAGAAUAUAGGCAGCUAUUAUGUUUUCUUCUGUGAGUUUUUCCAUUGAUAAGUGACCUGGCCAACAUGCAUUAAAAAUUUCUGAUUAUAGUCCCCAAAUGCUUUUCCCCCAAAAGUAAAAGUAAGCAAGAAUAAUCUAUACUUAUUAGAAAUUGUAAUUUAAAUCAGGAUAGUAAUCACAGUUGAUUCAAGUUAAAUUCACUGAAAAGACGAAUCAUUAUAUGGAUCCUUAGAUUAUCUAUUCUAACAUUUUUUAUGGCAGCAACCUGUCUCCUGGGAUAUAAUAGGAAGAUUCUUCCUAGUUGUGUGUUCCUGAGAUCCUUUUCAAGCUUUUAAUAACUGUGUGAGGAUUGGAACUGACAUCUUAUUCAAACCAAGUAAAUGAUCUUACUAAGCUACUGAAUAGCACUUGUGUAGAGCAGUACAGCAAGGUAUCUGUGUUUAGCAAUACAGCAAAAAUGUGCUUAAUUUCUUCUCUGCAGUUUGGUUUUAGCUUAUUUAGCCUGAGCAGAAGAGACCCAGCACCACCCAGAGAGAUCACUGGUUGACAAACAUUGGGAUCUACACCCAGGACAAAGAGUGGAGCUACAUGUCUGUAUACUAAUUCAAAUGCAGUGUUAAAGGAAGGAAAGAGAGGCCAGACUGAAUGCUAUCCUAACUUCAUUUCCAUUUAUUGCAAAUAAAUUUAAACAAGGGGAUCUGGGAAUUUCAUCCAUUUGAUCAUGAAACUUCAAAGGGCAAAGCUGGAUGGUUCCUAGUGGCUCCUACUUAGGAGCAUUGGUGCUAAAUAGUUGGGGGCUCAGUCCCAGAGAAUGCUAGGUGGAAGCUGUUGGAAUAAUGAUAAUUGCACUAAUUCAUCACUCCAUCAGAAAACGUAGCACCUUUCCCUGCCAAAGACGUGUCACUCUUCUGCUCUAGCCAAAUCCAUGAAGCUCUUGGCUUGAGGUGAAGCUGGGAUAGCACCAAAGCUUAGGGUCUCCUUGGCUUACUAGCUACUGCUGACUGGAGGCUCAACUCUUAACAAUUUUAGCUUUUUUUUCUAAUUAAAAUGCAUUUUUUUAAAAAUUAAAAAAGUGAAAAAAAUCCUGUUUAGGAGAGGUGUGUAUUGGCAGAGUUAGUGUUUCUUAACUGCAUGGUAUUCCUUCUAGGGGGUUUUAUACCACUUUUUAAAUUUCUCAGAAGAUUUAUGGUCCCAGUUUCUAUGCUAUCUUAUCUCUUGCUUCUUUCUCUUUCUUGCUUUUUGUUUAUUAUUUGAUAUGUUCUCUUUCUUUUCUGAAAACUGUUCUUUGUAAACAUGCAAUUUCUUUUAUAACUGAUGUAAACAAAAUGAAAUAAAAAAAAUUCCAGAUGUUGUACAUAACUGCAGAAACAAUCACAAGGAAGCUACUGCCAUCUGGACUGUUUCCAACACAGACUGUUUAUACUAGCGGUAAAAGAAAGGGGGUAAAAGUCCCCAAAAGAGAAGCUUUUAAAGCAAAAUAAAAAUAAAAUGUCCAAGCAAAGUAUGGUACGUUUUACCAAGUCUCUGCUGAGCUGCUGUGCUGAGUUGUGCAGCCCGUUUUUUUCUGGGAAUACUGGUCUGUCUUAACACCUUUU